UGAUGUAAAGCGAACUUUGGACUCGCAAGAACACUGCACUUACCACAGCAACUCAAUCUCACUCACUCGAUUACGGAUCGUACAGAAUCACAUGUGUGAUUUGGCAUGAUUAUACGCAAACGCUCAACACAAGUUCGUCGAAGAACCGAGUGUACUUUUUUGGUAUAGUUAUACAUAUGCACUGUGCAGUAUAAUACUGAGAUUAGGUUGGUGCCAUUUCGUUGCUCCGAUUGCACAUCAGUGAACGACUGUAACUCGACGAAUAUGUCACGUCACUUCAUCGUGGUUGCGUUGGCGUUAAUCGCGAGUGAGUUGCAAUUUGGAAAUGGUGCGAGGAUAUUGGGUGUAUUCCCGUUGGCAUCGAUCAGCCAUCAGGUAGUAUACCGCAAACUGACUUUGGAAUUGAAUAAACGAGGCCACGAGCUCGUCGUUCUGACGACAGACCCGGUCAACGAUUCGACCUUGAAGAACUACAGGGAAAUAGACCUUCAUUUUCUCUACGAUAGCCUGAUAUUUGGAAACCUAAUAGAUACGCGAGGAACGAUUGAUUUCGUUGAUAUGUUUAACUAUUAUGACACUUCCGCGUACUCUCAAACCGAUGCAAUAUUCAGUAAUCAGGAGUUUAGGAAAUUGUAUGCACCGAACAGCGGUGAAAAGUUCGACUUGAUAUUGUUAGAAACUUUUGUAUUCCCUGCAUUCCUGUCUCUUGCAGAACGAUUCAAAGCUCCGAUAAUUGGGAUCGCCAGUACGGCCUUACAAAUGAGUGUUCAAUACGACAUCGGCAAUCCCAUUCUGCCAUCUCAUCCAUCGAAUUGGAACAAGGACAUGAGGGAUUUUGGAGCCUGGGUACCAUGGGAGCGGUUGGAUAACUUUAUCAGAACCUGGAAACAUAUUUACUACUACAGGACAGGAAUUCUGCUGAGAUAUCAGGCACUCGCGGAAAAUUAUCUCGGAAUCGAGAUUCCGCAUCUCGGUGACAUACAUAAAAAUAUCAGUUUGAUUUUCGUUAAUCAACAGGGCCCGAUUUCUUUCGCUCGACCGAACCUUCCGAACGUCAUUGAAAUUGCAGGUUUUCACAUGUCAGAAUCGACGAAGCCGUUAUCAAUGGAACUGCAGAAAAUCCUAGACAACUCUACCCAGGGUUUUAUCUACAUGAGUCUCGGAUCAAACGCAAAAAGUAACAUGUUGAAAGAGGAAACGCGCAAUGAAUUCAUUGCUGCGUUUUCUAAACUACCCUACAAAGUGGUUUGGAAGUACGAGGAUGACGUACUCCCAAAGAAACCAGAUAACGUAAUCGCAAUGAAGUGGGUUCCGCAACAAGCUAUCCUAGCUCACCCAAAUCUGAAGGUGUUCAUCUAUCAGGGUGGACUCCAGAGUACAGAGGAAGCCAUUUCACACGCAGUUCCUCUGAUCGGCUUGCCGGUCUUCGGUGACCAGGACAUGAAUGUUGACAAAAUGGUGUCUCUUGGUGUUGCUAAGAAGCUCGAGAUAACUGCUGUCAAAAGGGACGAUCUGCUGGAAGCAAUUCGUACCAUCGCCCUGGACAAAGGGUACAAGCAGCGGAUGUUGAAUUUACGAUCGCUGCUGAACGACAAACCACGCGAUUCGCUCGAGAACGCAAUUUGGUGGACGGAACACGUUAUACGUCACAGAGGCGCUCCGCAUCUGCACUCCUCGACGGCCGACGAGCCUUGGUAUCAACGCCAGGACAUGGACAUUGUUGCUUUCAUUUCUGCGACAUGUGCCAUCACUCUCAUAUCAUCAUUGUUUAUACUAUACAAGUGUCUACUUUACUGGCUAAACGCGUUACCCCGAAACUUUACGAAAUCAGUUGACAAGGAUAAAAAAGGAAUUUGAUUAUUUUCUCUUUCUCAACAGUUCGGUUCUCAUUGACCAUAAUUUUACAGAUUUUUAUACAUGUAAGGUCUUGAAUUGAAGUUGUAUUGAAUAAGAUUUGAGAAAAGACAUAUGGUAAGGGGGAUUAGAGUAUUAUGUAUUUAGAUUUAGUUUUCAGAUAGUGUAACA